GGCGCCCUUCCAGUUCAAACAUAUACCUAGUCUUCAACAACAGUGUUCAAAUUAAUUGUAUAUCACUUUAUGCAGAGAAUUAGCAUCCCCGUAGAUAGAAAUCACUGUGUAUUUUUCUUUCUAAAUAAAGGACUGAAGGUUUAGAACAACGAUGCGGCGAUUUGUGAUCACGCUAUUUCUCGUCAUUACCACGGUUCUGACGGUCACGACGGCAGCGUCACCUAACAACGACCAUGCCAACGAGUACGAUUAUGAAGACGAAGGUGAGCCGGCGCCAGCUCCUGUCACACCGGCAGCUGGCAGAGGCAGAUUAUCGCUUCUAAACACACGUGGCCAGAGGGGUCCUUCGCCCCUUAUUGGCAGCCGGGGAACUGCGGCAAAGCAGCAAACAACAGCAAAGCCUGUGGAACCUCCCCCAGAACUGGUGGAGUCAGAAGACCUGGAGGAAGAGGUAGAAGAAGGACAAGACGACAUUCCUGCCACCACCACAACUGAAGCACCCAAGAAGACCCUGGUUCGUGGAGGUGUCAGACCUUUCAGAAGCAACGACGAACUUCUGGCGGCCCUGAAGAGAAGGCGAGAGCAACAGCUGCACGGUGGCUCACCCAAAGUGGUACAAGCAUAUCCCACCCCGUCUUCGGUCUUACCAGCGGAAGAGAUCAAAUCAACCCGCAGUACAAGCAACAGUCAGCAGAACUCUGCUAGCAGCAGCAGGCGACGGUUCAACAACAAGGCUCAGGCAUUCCAUCUCGAGAUUGCUUCAGGAACACUGCAUACAAAAGAUAGAUAA